AGAAGGCAGGGGAACGGAUGCGCUUGCUGGCUCACCGUAUUGGAGUCUGCUGUAAUUAAAGAAUCCAUCAGAUUAUGACAGUGGUGCCAGUAACAAUUGCAUCGUGGGACUCAGAACGUGAGCAAGCAAUGCCAGUGCCAGAGCAGCCUGUGGAGCAGGAGAAGGGGGCCAUGGUUCCCCCUGUGAUGCCAGCUUCCAAUGGAGAGAGAUCUGAGACAGAGACGACCUCUUUCAUCCUAGCCUCUGUCAAACAGCAGGAGCUUCAGUUUGAACGCCUGACCAGGGAAUUUGAGGCUGAGCAUCAGAUUGUCGCCACCCAGCUUGAGAGAUGCAAACUGGGAUCAGAGGCAGGCAGCAUGAGCAGCAUCAGUUCGACAGAUGAGCAAUUUCGUUGGAACGCUCAAGCAGAUGGACAAAAGGAUAUUGAGGAUGAACUGACCACAGGUUUGGAGUUGGUUGAUUCUUGCAUUCGCUCCCUUCAGGAAUCAGGAAUACUUGACAGUGGAGGACGACCGGCUCUUCUUUCCCAGAGUUCCUUGCAGCUCAACUCCACCCCGGAGGCUUCGCUCCAGUACUCUGCCAGCUACCAUAGCAACCAGACCCUUGCCCUUAGCGACAGCAUCUCUGCAGCAACUCCUCAGCGCAGCGGGCAGAUUGGAGGAGCUGUGCACAGCUACAACCAGGUGACAUCUAGUCGUGCAGCCCAGCAACAACAAUUACAAACUGGGGCAGGGCCAGGUAUCUACUACUCAAGUUCCACCUUGCCUGCCCAGCGUGUCAGUUCCCCUCUGUCUGGAGGAGGAGGCGGCUCAGGGUCCAGUUCCCCUAUUAAGCUCCAACGCCUGGGAUCAGCCUCAGACACACCCGGGUACUCUACCACUCAACGACUGCCUUCCUCCUCCUCACCCAGCAAACAGUUUCCUGCUAAUCGACUGGCCAAAUCAUACAGCACCACAGUUGCUGUGACAACAGCAGGAGGGGGCGGGUCUCCCCUGAGGGUGUCAUCUCCACCCAACUCUACAGCAGCAGGUGGAGGGGCUAGCUCAUCAUCCUCCCCUCUUCACCAGAUGAGUUCAGGCAUAGGGAGCUAUGCUACUCUGUCUCCUAAAAGACUGGCAUCUCACCACGCUUCUGACCAGUACAAGAUCUCCCACGAGCUCUACGCUACUGCUACACUGCAGAGACCUGGCAGUCUGGCAGGCUCUCGUGGCUCCUACAGUAGUCAGCACAGUCAGGAGCCCCUUCGGCCCUUGGGAUCCCCAGAGCACCACAUAGAUCCAGUCUAUGAAGAACGUGUCUACCAGAACAAGGGCCCCAUGAGGAGCCUUAGCCAGAGCCAGGGGCCGGACACAGGCCCCUAUCGCAACAACACCACUCCCUCCUCCCCUGGUGUCGACUCCGCCCCUUUGCAGCGCACAGGAAUCCAUGGCACGGGGACAGGAAACUACAGCCGAGGUGGGAACAACAACUAUGCCACAGUGGGGCCAGGCUACACCUCAAGUGGAGGUGUUGAAGGCGGAGACGUGUAUGGCUCAGACCCCUAUGUGGCGGACCCCUACCGCACCCUGCAGUACUGCCCGUCAGUAAUGGAAUCGCCCUACAGCAAGUCUGGUCCAGCCCUGCCGCCUGAAGGCAGCCUGCAGCGUUCACCUUCUAUCGACUCUAUUCAGAAAGACCCAAGAGAGUUUGGGUGGAGAGAUCCGGAGCUGCCAGAGGUUAUCCAGAUGUUACAGCACCAGUUCCCAUCGGUGCAGUCCAAUGCAGCAGCCUACCUACAGCAUCUCUGCUUUGGAGACAACGAGAUCAAAGCCGAGAUACGUAGACAGGGAGGCAUUCAGCUGCUGGUCGACCUACUGGACCACAGGAUGAGCGAGGUUCAUCGCAGUGCCUGCGGAGCCUUGAGGAACCUGGUGUACGGCAAAGCCAACGAUGAGAACAAAGUAGCUCUUAAGAACUGUGGGGGGAUUCCUGCCUUGGUCCGCCUUCUGCGAAAGACUGGAGACGUGGAAAUCAGAGAGCUGGUCACAGGUGUGCUAUGGAAUCUGUCAUCAUGUGAUGCUCUAAAGAUGCCAAUCAUCCAGGAUGCCCUGGCCGUUCUGACCAAUAGCGUCAUCAUACCCCACUCUAACUGGGACUCCUCCCCCAAUCACCAUGAUGACCGCAAGCUCCACCCCCAUACCUCCCAGGUGCUACGCAAUGCUACAGGCUGUCUCAGGAAUGUAAGCUCCGCAGGUGAGGAGGCAAGACGAAGGAUGAGGGAGUGUGAUGGCCUGACAGAUGCUCUGCUCUACGUCAUCCAGACAUCUCUGGGCAGCAGGGAGAUUGACAGCAAGACUGUAGAGAACUGUGUUUGCAUCCUGAGGAACCUGUCGUACCGCUUGGCUGCCGAGACAUCCCAUGGCCAGCAGGGGGGGUUGGAGGAGCUGGAUAGCCUGCUUUGUGACACCAACGGUCGCGAUGGAGAGAGCCCUGGCUGCUGGGGCAAGAAGAAGAAGAAAAAGAAGGGAGCUGACCAGUGGGAUGGUGUGGGCCCUUUUCCAGACACGGCAGAGCCUCCCAAAGGGGUUCAGAUGUUGUGGCACCCCACCAUUGUCAAGCCUUACCUCACCCUGUUGUCUGAAUGCUCAAAUCCCGACACCCUGGAGGGAGCAGCUGGAGCUCUACAGAACCUGGCCGCAGGCAGUUGGAAGUGGUCAGUGUACAUCCGGGCUGCUGUCCGUAAGGAGAAAGGCCUUCCCAUCCUGGUGGAGUUACUGAGGAUAGACAACGACAAAGUGGUGUGUGCCGUGGCCACAGCUCUCAGAAAUAUGGCCCUGGACAUAAGGAACAAGGAGCUCAUUGGUAAAUAUGCCAUGAGAGAGUUGAUCCAUCGGUUACCAGGCAGUAGUAGCAGGAUCAAUAACACCACCAGCAGUGGGUCGUCCGAAACCGCAGGCCCUCCCAGUAAGGCCAUGUCAGAUGAUACGGUAACUGCCAUCUGCUGCGCACUGCAUGAAGUCAUUACCAAGAAUAUGGAGAAUGCCAAAGCUUUGCGCGAUGCUGGUGGCAUCGAAAAACUCAUCGGCAUCGCCCGCAGCAAAGGAGACAAACACUCAGCAAAGGUGGUAAAGGCAGCCUCUCAGGUUCUCAGCAGUAUGUGGCAGUAUAGAGACCUGCGCUCCCUCUACAAGAAGGAUGGUUACUCCCAGUAUCACUUUGUGGGCUCUGCUUCAACGAUAGAGAGAGACAGACAGAGGCCCUACUCCUCUUCUCGAACUCCAUCUGUGUCCCCUGUCAGGAUUUCCCCAAAUAACCGCUCUGCGAGCGCUCCAGCCUCCCCCAGAGAGAUGACGAGUCUGAAGGAACGUAAGAUGGACUAUGAUUCCAUGGCAACCAGCGCUGGUUUCCAAAGCAACAAAGGAGCGCACACAUCCCGGAAAGACGGCGUGGCAGUUCAAGUAUCUUGUGGGACAUCUACGUUGUUCCGAAACUCUUACCUGACUGCCAGUGAUGAUAUUAAGCAAAACCAGGUUCCAGCCCAGCCCUGCGCUUUGCUACCCCAGCCCCAGCAGGACAGCCCUUCAGCAGCCGUGCUAAAAGACUACGACCCCUACCCUCCCCCUCCUUCCUUCGCCCAGCCUCAGUCACUGCAGCCUCCACCUCACAGCCAGAGCCGGAGCUUUAAUGAGGCCUACUACGAGGACCAGGGAGCUCCACUUCCCCCAUCCCAGCCACAGCCACAGGUACAGGUACAGGUACAGGUGCAGGCCCAGCCUCAGGCCCAACCCCAGCAGCCUCCGAGCUCCACUGGACCACCCCGGGACCCAAGGGAAGAUCUGCGCAUGCAUCUGGGCCUCAAAUCCACCGGCAAUUACGUAGACUUCUACUCGGCCUCUCGGCCAUACAGUGAACUGAACUAUGAGACCAGCCACUACCCGGCCUCACCUGACUCCUGGGUCUAGUUAGACUAUGAUGAUGGGGGGCCAAGAGAGACUCUGUGCGUGUUUGUGUGAAAGGGAUUGUUUUUGCAAGCGAUCAGCAGCAGAUGAAUACAAAGUGACAGCAAAUGGUAUGUUGAAAAGGUAUACCAAUGGCAGGAAAUUAGUGUUCACUAAAAUAAGGUGAACGACAGAGUUCGAUGGGGUUAAGAAGCAAAGUCAGAUCAAGUGACGAAGAGAGACUGUGCAUGUGCAUGCCAACAUUUUCCUUUUUUUUUUAAAGACCAUUUCUUCAAAGUCAACUCCACUGCAACAUUGAGUGGAUAAGGAGCAAGUGGGAGUAGAUAUGAACAAAUGUGUUUGAAAGUGUAAGAGAGGAGUGGGCAGGGGAAUGUAGAAAGAGAGAAAACGACCAGGCAGAGGCCUAGAGAGGAGGAGAGAGAUGGGAUCAAAAAAUAAUAGGAAGCGAAUGACUCUAUAGGAACAGGAAGUGGCCUGACAUUUUGUUUAAAGUAGAGAGAGGCAGAGGGGAAAUGGGAUGAGGGUCCUUGAGGAGGUCAGGAAGAUUAAAAGCACAGAGAAAGGUUAAAGCACAUCAGGCACAAGACAAGAAGUGGAUCUUUACCAUUUCACCCAAGUGACAAACGUAGCACUGCUUUUAUCUGUCCUCUUUUGUUCCAAUGGCCUUGCUGCCUACAGAGGCUUCUGAAUUUGUUUUCAAGAAAUGUCAUCUUCAAGAGACUUCUGUUUUGUCAUAAUUCUUUUAACAUAUUUUUUUAUUUAUACUUUUCUAAAUUUUAACUUUCAAAAAAAGCAUUUUUAUUUUCUGUAUAAAGUUCAAAGGUGAUUUAGUGUGUAUAUUACACAUGUUUUUGAUGAGGCCACAUAAGAAAAAAAAUUUUUUUUCCCAUGACCCACUAUUGAGUGAAACAACAAAAAGCAACAAAAAUAAGUGAAAUGCAAACACAAGAAACAGAAAAGACAGACAUCGUCAGGAUGGAUGUCAGUUGAUACCUUUUUUUUGUCCUUUUUCUAGACCGAGAGGAAGUCUUGCAAUAUUUGUGUUUUUCUCCCUCCAUCAAGUUAAUUUUGUUCUGGAUAUGCUCAAAUGUCAAAAGCAGUUCAAGGCAGCCAGAGCAUCAGACUGGCAGAGCAGCAUCACUCCCAAGUCCCUGUCAACAAAAGUGCUUUUUCACUGCCUAAAGAAUAUAUUUAUGUUUAAAGCAAUUUGGAAAGGGUUGUCUUCUCCUUUUGCAGAGCUAAUAUGUUUGAACUUUCAGUGGUUUCUCAUCAUCAGUUGAUCAUAAAAACUGGUCCAUCCAACAAGACCCAACGUGAAUAUUGUACAUCUCAGUGUACAGUAGAGAUAAAGAGAAAAAGAGAGAUGUGACAUUGUGCAAAACCUUGACAACUCUUUGACCAGUCGUAGAGGAAUUUAAAGGGACAUUCUGUUGAAGUUUACAGACAAUGACUGGAUGACUCCCUCUGCUGGUUGUAAGUUUUAUUUUCUUGUGUUUUGAUCAGGAGGGUAACAUCUCCGUAACAUCUAGAUGUACAGACCGUCCUCUCUGUGUUGGCUGAGCAUGUGAGAGCGUGUGUGUGGACACGUGUGUGUGUGUGUGUGUGUGUGCACUUGUGUACGUGUGCAUGUGACAGAAUGUGUGGCCCGUGUGUGUACACGUAAACUUGAGCGAGCGUAUCUAUGCAUGCAUGUGUAUAGUAGUGUGUGUAUGCCUCUGUUGUGUGUAUGUGUGUGCAUUCCUGUAUAAAUCAAUGUCCAAACCAGGCAUUCCUACCGACAAUUUGUCAGUUUUACAACAUGAAAA